AGAGCACCAACGGCGUUACAGUGCUAAUGAGCAGAACGGUGUGGUGCUGAUGACAUGUAACCGCUGUGACACUGCUGUAUGUGCGCCACCGCUUGUUCACAAGCAGGUUACAGAAACCCACGGAGGUUUAUUAAAACAAUAUCAGCUCUGACACCACCAGCGAGCGCUUGACUGAUGCUUCUCCAUCUCUGAAUGAAGUCCUGCUCACGCAGAGCCGAGCAGAGGCGAGAGGACGCGACUGCCAUUGAUGACACUGACGAGACUAAAAUGGGAGAACAUCACUGGAGCCCUGUCAGUGAAGAGACAGACACAAAGGCGACUGACAACCGACAGCCAUUCGAAAAGAGCCGAACGGAUCCUUCGUUUUCAAUGAUCGUCACACGGUGUGAAGAGUGACAAAACAGUCGUCAACCUUCAGGCUGGUGUUGGUGAUAUCGGAAAGGCUCCUAAUGCGUUAUCUCCCACCUUGUCUCUGUCACCAUGCCCACCUUUCCACCUCUGGGCAGUAACUCCAGCACAGUGCCCUGGGACCCCGGCGCGCCUUCUCUGGUGAACAGCACGGUGAAGAUGGUGCUCAUAUCGGCGAUCGUGUGCACAUCGCUUUUUGGAAAUGUUGUCGUUCUGCUGGUAUUCCAGCGCAAGCCGCAGCUUCUCCACGUCGCCAAUCGUUUCGUGCUCAACCUGCUUCUGGCCGACCUACUGCAGACGGUGCUGGUCAUGCCCUUCGCCAUCGCCGCCACCGUGCCUGAAGUCUGGCCGCUGGACGCCCGGCUCUGCCAGGCCCUCGUUGUGCUCAUGCAUUUGUUUGCAUUCGCUGGCGUCAACACCAUCAUCGUUGUGUCCGUAGAUCGCUACUUAGCCAUCAUCCACCCACUAUCCUACCCUACCCGAAUGACGCCUCACCUGGGUACCAACCUGAUUGCUCUCACAUGGCUGCUUAGUGUACUUCAAAGCACUCCGCCGCUAUAUGGAUGGGGAACUAUCGAAUUUGACCGGCGACACAAUGCCUGCACUGUUGUGUGGUCUUCAAGCUAUUCGUAUUCAGCCCUGGUGUCCGCGCUUUCGUUCUGGCUGCCUGUUGUGAUCAUGCUUUGCUGUUAUUGGAUGGUUUUCAGGGCGGCGAGGCGGCAGAACGCCCUCGUUCAUCCCAUCCAGUCCAACCCCCCUCCAGAUUCCCAAGCAUCCUGCUCCAGCCCGCAAAGGCAGCCACAACCAGAAGGCCCAUUUUCAGCCUCUUAUCCCAUUAGGACCCGCCAUAGACGCUUCCACUAUCACUGUAAGGCGGCGCGGGUGGUGUUCGUCAUCAUGGCGUCCUACGUGCUCAGCAUGGGCCCAUACAGCGUCCUAAGCACGAUAUCAAUUUACUCCAGUGCAGCCGUGCCGCCCUGGUUGGCCUCGAUGGCGCUCAUUCUCUUCUUUUUGCAGUGUUGCUUACACCCCUACAUCUACGGCUACAUGCACCGCAGUGUACGCAAGGAGUUCCUGGCGCUGCUCUGUGGGCCGCUGUGUGGGCAGGGACGGAUCAGUCAGGGCUCCGCUGUGGAUAGUUGCUUCACGGUGACGGAUGGGCGCCUGGCACACACCCACCUCACAAGCCAGGCUGCUCGUGUGUGCCCUCUCCGAACCUGGGAGGAAGGUACCACGUCUUCUUCUCCUACAGAAAGGAGGUCUAAAGACAGCCGGAAGGAAACCACCUCCAUCAGUCUGAGCUCAGAGAAGGAGCUCACUGUGCACAGCAACACCAACAAGCAACCUGAGGAAACACCUACAGGCAAAUUCUAAACAUACUUCUGUCAGUGUUGGGGUAUAUACAUCUCUGUUGGUUUUCAUAGGGCACAAUUUGGUACUUUUGAAUCAAAUGCUGUGCCUUUAAACACAAGCUCACUGAAUACACUGUAAUCACACUAUCAGACAAAAAGGUACAAAAACUGUCAGUGGUGUAGUACCCUUUUAAAAGGUACUAAUAUGUUCCAUUUUGACUUUAGGUGGUAAUAUGUACCUUUAAAAUACUAAUAUAUACACUUUAGAGGUAUAAAAUGGUCCUAAAUAUUUCUUUCUUAAAAGGUACCAUCCCAGUGACAGUUAUUGUACCUUUUUUCCUCAGAGUGUGUAUGUGUUCUGCUAUAUGUAACCAUAUGUGUUUGUAGCUAUGCUAUAGACCUACUUCUAGUGCUGUGCAAUGACUAAUCGUGAUUAUUUUGCAUGCGAUUAAUCGUUGCACAGCGCUAGUUAGUACAAACAAAAAUAAGAUUAAUGACAACAGAAUAACCUAGCAAAAAACAUAGUUUCUUGGCAGGAUGAGACUGUUUAAACUAUCUUUUAGUCAAGAGUUACGCUGAUUAAUUUUUAAUAGUGCUGUGCAACGUUUGAUCACAAUUAAUCACAUUCAAACUUAAUUUUUUUUUUUACAUUAUAUAUGUGUGUGUACUGUGUAUUUUUAUUAUGUAUAUAUAAAUACACACUCAUGCACGGAUAUAUUUAAGAAAAAUGUGUUAUGUUUAUAUAUUAAAUAUAUUUAUAUAUAAUAUUCAUGAUGUCAGUAAAAAUAUACAUGGAAAUACAUGUAAAUAUUUUCAAAAUAUAUAAUGUAUGUGCAUGUAUUUAUAUAUACAUAAAUAUGCACAGUACACACGCAUUAUGUAAACAAAAACGAUUAUUUUGCAUGCGAUUAAUCGUUGCACAGCACUAGUUAGUACAUACAAAAAUAAGAUUAAUGACAACAGAAUAACCUAGCAAAAACAUAGUUUUUUGGCAGGAUGAGACUGUUUAAACAAUCUUUUAGUGAAGAGUUAUGUUGAUGCAUUUUUAAUGGUGCUGGGCAACGAUUAAUCACGAUUAAUUACAUCCAAAAUAAGUUUUUGUUUACAUAAUAUAUGUGUGUGUACUGUGUUUUUUUCUUAUGUAUAUAUAAUACACACCCAUGCACGGAUAUAUUUAAUAAAAAUAUGUUUAUAUAUAAUAAUAUUAAUUAUAUCAAUAAAAAUAUAAAAAUGUAAAUACAUGUAAAUACUUUCAAAAUAUAUACUGUAUAUGUGUGUGUAUUUAUAUAUACAUAAUAAAUACACACAGUACACACACAUUAUGUAAACAAAAACGUUUAUUUUGGAUGUGGUUAAUCCCAAUUAUUCGUAGCACAGCAGUAGUUAGUACAUACAAAAAUAAGAUUAAUGACAACAGAAUAACCUAGCAAAAAACGUAGUUUCUUGGUAGGAUGAGACUGUUUAAACUAUCUUUUAGUCAAGAGUUACGCUGAUUAAUUUUUAAUAGUGCUAUGCAACGUUUGAUCACAAUUAAUCACAUUCAGACUUCAUUUUUUUUUACAUUAUAUAUGUGUGUGUACUGUGUAUUUUUAUUAUGUAUAUAUAAAUACACACUCAUGCACGGAUAUAUUUAAGAAAAAUAUGUUAUGUUUAUAUAUUAAAUAUAUUUAUUAUUAUAUAUUUAUUUAUAUAUUUAUUCUUUUUUUUUUAUUCUUAUUUUAUUAAUCUUUUAGUCAGGAGUUACAUAUUAGGAAAACACAAAACUUUUAUUUUGGAUGCGAUUAAUUGCGAUUAAUCGUUGCACAGCACUAGAUAACAAAAUGACAAAAAUGACAUUAACGACAACAGAAAAGCCUAGCAAACGUAGUUUCUUGGCAGGAUGAGACGGUUGAAACUAUCUUUUAGUCAAGAGUUACACUGAUUCAUUUUUAAUAGUGCUGGGCAACGAUUAAACCGCAUCCAAAAUAAAAGUUUGUGUGUACAUAAUAUAUGUUUGUUUACUGUGUAUAUUUAUUAUGUAUAUAUAAAGAUACACAGAUACAGUAUAUAUUUUGAAAACAUUUACAUGUAUUUACAUGUGUAUAUUUAUAGUCAUGUAAUUUAUAUUAUAUAUAGAUUUAAUAUAUAAACAUAACAUUUUUUCUUAAAGAUGCAUGUUUAUAUUUAUAUAUACAUACUAAAUAUACACAGUACACACACAUAUAUUAUGUACACAAAAACUUUUAUUUUGGAUGUGAUUAAUCACGAUUAAUCGUUGCCCAGCAUUAGUUUUUAACAUAUGUUUUAAAGAAAUUAAUACUUGUAUUCAGCAAAAAUGCAUUCAGUUGCAUUAGAUGCAUUAAACUGCAUUAAAAUCAUGAUGUUCACAAAAAUAUUAAGCAGCAUAGCCGUUUUCAACAUUGAUAAUAAGAAUUGUUUCUUGAGCAUUUAAUCAGCAUAUUAAAACGAUUACUGAAGAAUCGUGACACUGAAGAAAAUUCAGCUUUGCCAUCACAGAAUAAAUAUAAUUUUAAAAUAUAAUAAAAAAGAAAACAGGUAUUUAAAUAGUAAUAUUUCACAAUAUUACUGUUGCUGUAGUGUUGAUCAAAUAAAUGCAGCCUUGGUGAACAUAAGAGACUUAAAAAGCAUUUAAAAAAAUUUGUAAACCUUAAACUUUUGAACACUAGUGUGUGUUUACUCUGUGUACGGGAAAGUGGUUGAAAAUCUACCAUCAGUUAGAAACAAGGUCUGAAUAAUCAUUUUAAUACACAAGGCUUGACAUCAAUACCUUUUAUGUGUAGUUUAAAAUAUAAAAUAUUGGAGACAUGGUAUAAAGUGCUCCAUCAAAUACAGAGUAUUGAUUUUCUUUUAGUGUUUUAAUAUCAUACUUAAAAUAUUAGAGAGUAAAAUGUUGAAAAAAAUAUAUUUUGAGACACCAUAUAGUAGUGUGCAACAUGUCUAACAAAAUGAAUGUUCUUUGUAUACGUCCAUGUCAAAUGUAUUGCUACUUUACACUUUAAAGACAAAGUAUUCCUUAUGUUGUUUUGAAAUGACUUUAGAAUACACGUGGAGAGAUUUCUGUCUAUUUUUCUAAGCAUACAUAUCAACUUUGUUAUACAACUGAACCAUUGUCACUGGAAGCAAAGUUCUCUUACAGAAACAGUGUAAAUGUAAGAGUCAUUUCAAGCUAAGAAAUUAAAGAAACCGUUAUUUAUUGUUCAUGCACCAAUAAUACUUAAGCGAUGAAUCACAUCAGCAUUAGGGUGUGGGUCACUGUAUUUUGUUUGUAUUUAAAAGAUGUGUAAUGUGGAGGGGUUUUGGUGUUUAAAGAGGGUGAGUCACAUGAAAUCUGUCAGGAUCAUGUCUGUUUAUAUUUCACCCCAAAAUGAGAAAGAAAAAAAUUAAGCAUACUUUUCAGACCAUUUUUGGCAUUGUUCCCAACCAUCAAACUCAUUACCUUAAAGGAACACUCCACUUUUUUGGAAAAUAGGCUCAUUUUCCAACUCACCUAGAGUUUUACCAUUUUUGAAUCCGUUCAGACGAUCUCCGGGUCUGGCGGUAGCACUUUUAGCAUACCUUAGCAUAGAUCAUUGAAUCUGAUUAGACGUUAGCAUCUCGUUCAAAAAUGACCAAAGAGUUGAUAUUUUUUCUAUUUAAAACUUGACUCUUCUGCGAUUUUCUAGGCUGAUAUGGCUAGGAUCUAUACUCUCGGCGUAAUAAUCAAGGAACUUUUCUGCCGUACCAUGGGUGCAGCAGGCGCAAUGAUAUUACGCAGGGCCUUAAAGGUUCAUGAAACCCCAGACUACUUUUUCUGAGAUUUUAGCAGAGGUUGAGAGAUGUUAGCUUCCGCUGAUUUUAAUUGUUGGAGAAAACUGGUUAAUUUUGAGCUUUUUUGCACUAUUUUCAUCUUCCGGGUUAAAAAUCUACAUUGUGCUGACAUCAGAGUUUGUGACGUGGCAACGGACUAUAGUACAUCGAUGACGCGUCGCUGUCUCAUAAUUAUUCAUGAGGCCGCGUGUUCUUAUCCUAUGAGAAGACGCUUCGCCUAAUUAUUCACGACAGGGUGUGUUGAUUUGCUAUGACAGACGCUUCAGACUGAGAGAUUGCAUAUAUUAACUGAGAGAAACGUUAAUGGAUUGAAGGAGAGUGUUUGUUUUUGUUUGCUUUGCAAGAGUUCAGCAGAAAAGCGAUUCAUUCAUAGUGUAAUAGCAGUUUUUACAGCUCCUUGACACAACCCAUCAAAAGGAUUAUAAACGGGGCAAAAAUAAGCCUUAUAAAGUUAACAGAGGCGCAACAGCGCGUUCAUAUAUAUGUUUUCGAUGCUGAGUGCAAAUGGCUGUGCAUUUAUUUGUGUUGUUAACUCAGUAGAAGCGAAAUGAAACUGUCUGAACCGAACCGCCUGAACCUGAAGUUUACUCUCUCCCCUUUUCCCCCUCCGCACCGCAGUGCACCAUGCCCACUUUUGAAGCAUUUUUUAAAACUGUGGUGAGAACUAACCAGUGCUGAAGCAGGGAGGUGACACAUGACCCUUUAAAAUAGGCUAACGUCCGUCAACAUAACCAACGUGACCACCUGCUUGCACAUGGAGACUAUUUUCAGGCGCUGCGUAAUGUCAUUGCUUGAUUAUUACACUGGAAUGAGAGUAUACUUCCAAGCCUUCAGCCUAGAAAAUCGCAACUUUUCAUUUUCCGUCAGUCUUAGUGCGAUGUAACUACAGAAGAGUCAAGUUUUAAAUAGGAAAAAUAUCGAAACUCUUCGGUCAUUUUUGAGCGAGAUGCUAACAGUCUAAUCAGAUUCAAUAAACUAUGUUAAGCUACGCUAAAAGUGCUACCGUCAGACCCGGAGAUCGGCUGGAUGGAUUCGAAAACGGUAAAACUCGACUGUUUAACUCUAGGGGAGCUGGAAAAUGAGCCUAUUUUCAAAAAAGUGGAGUGUCCCUUUAAUGUUUACCUAAGUGUACCUUAGUGUAUUUGGUGAACAUUUAUCUAUUUAGUAAAAUGUGAUCUGGACAUGCUUUCGUGAGAUUCACCCAAGAGCAGCUAAUGAGCUCAGGAUCUCAGGGUAUUUAUGAUGUACCUCUUGACCAGUGUGGAGAGUCUGCUCUCUUUAAGAGUGCCUCCCUAGAUAAAUUGUACAUCAUCUCUAUGUUGUGUGAGAUGUUCAAUCCCCUGACACUGCCAAAUGUAUCAUAUAACCACUGACAUGAUGUGGGAUUAAAUAAGCUGGCUUUGCAACUGCAAAACACUUUACGUUAUCGAGUUAAACCACUGCAUUAAAGCAGGAAUGUUAACCGCUUUUGAGCACUUAGCUUGACCCUGUACAAAACGGGACAGCUAAUGCUUCAAUGUUAAUUUGUGGCUGGGGGGUUUAGAAGUCAGCUGAAUCAAUCAUGAGUCAAACCCAAAAUUUCCUCAGCUACGGCAAGUAUUAUUUCAAAACCAGUGAGUGCAGCAAUACAUAUCACAGAUACUAUCAUCCUGUCUGCAGUAACGUCUACAGCACUUACAACACUCUAGACAGUCACUUUCAACAAAGAAAACAGCAGAAUCAGCUAAUGUCAUCAUGUUUACUCCUGUAACAAUGACUGUUUUAUAUUCAAAAACAAAAAAAAAAAGUUUAGAAUUAGACAUUUUUGUAAUGAUGUACUUUGUGAUUUAUUUUCCUUUCAUUAUAACAUGGUGAAGAAUGUUCAUGUAUACCUCAUAAGACUUGAAGCUCAGUACAUUCUGUAAGUUUUCAAUUAAAAUUAUUGAAAAAUGA